AACUGAACUAACUACCAGCAGUUAGUUGAGUUGAGUUCUCAUUCCGAAGCCAACAACCAUUCUAAGCUCUAACUAACAAACUCGCAGUUGAGUUGAAUUGAACAAACACCACUAAGCUUCCCUUCACUUCAAUGAACCACCUUCUUCGUCCACACACAAGUUUCUCUCUCUUACUUCUUCUCUUUCUCUCUCUAGAAUGGAAGAACCGAAUUCCGCCACCGUAACUUCUUCAUCUUCCACGGCCAACGGCGAAACUUCUCAACCAAACGAAAAUGCUCAAGUCUCACCGAACCGUCCACGUGAGUCUCCGCGCGUGAGCAUCAUCUACGGGAGAUUUGCGCGGCGUAUCAACGGUCAUUCCGCCAUUGCUAGGGAUGAUAACUGCUCUUGCUUAGCCGUUACCUUCUGCUUUUGGUUCUUCGUUGCGGUGAUAAUGGUAAUGGGGGUUUAUGGGUCGAUGAGUGUGGUUCUAGGUCCAUGUUCUUCACUCAUCUUGCAACCUAACCCUAUGUUUGUGCAAUAUGUGAAGGUAGAAAACUUAAAGGCAAAUCCAGGACUCAUUCUUUAUGGUACACAUCAAGAUCCACCUCUUGAUGUUGUUUCCACUUGGAGCGAAACCCAUAAUAUGUCUAUUCCUUAUGGCUCAGUUAAGGAAUGGAAAUAUUAUCUGAAUAGAGGGUCUGAAGUAAAUAUUUCGUAUAGCUUGAGCUCUGAGAACUCCUCUCUUUAUCUUGUAAUUGCAGAAGGAGCUCAAAGCCUCUCACUAUGGCUGCAGGACCUAACAUAUCCCAAUACAACUUUGUCUUGGAAUGUGAUCCGUGGAACUGGUGUGAUUACACAGAAAAUAUUCAGGUCAUCCAGCUAUUACGUGGCAUUGGGUAAUUUGGAAGAGGAGGUGAAGGUUGAAUUAAACCUCACUGUAAGGGCCUUCUUGCAUAAUACAACAAAAGCUUACUACAAAUGUGCCUUGACUGGUAGUCCAUGCAGUAUGAAUAUCUUCUUUCCUCACGGAAGCACAGCUGUGUUAGUUUCUCCUGCUCCACAACAGAACACAUCCAAUGAUGAGUGGUAUGUCAAACUGACCUAUGGACCAAGAUGGCUUACAUAUAUUAUUGGCAUAGGUAUUCUGACUUUGAUUAUGUUUUGGGCCUUCAACUUCUUCAACAAGCUUCAAUGUUCACAUGAUGAUAGAGUAGGAUCUAGAUCUGAAGGAACAGGACCUGAUCGAGCCCCUUUCCUUUCUCGCAAAGAUGAUCUUUCAAGGGGUUCAUCAUAUGAUUCCUUACCAGAGGAUGAUGAGGAUCUUAACUUUGUCGCCGGAGGUUCCACUGAUGGGAAGAUAUUAGGUGAUGGUGAAACCAGUAAUAACACCCAGCGUCUUUGUGCGAUUUGUUUUGAUGCUCCACGAGACUGCUUCUUCCUUCCAUGUGGGCACUGCGUGGCUUGUUUUGCAUGUGGAUCUAGGAUAGCCGAGGCAGCAGGUAUAUGUCCUGUUUGUCGUAGGAACAUGAAGAAGGUGAGGAGAAUUUUUACUGUUUGAUCAGUGCUCCGAGUCACAGACUAAUUGAAUAGCGACCAGAACCAUAGAUUUCUUUCUCAUGUACUCGUUAUUUUCCUGCCAAUCAUUACAAUGAUCAAGCUAAUGCUACCUGCUGUGAGGGUUGUAUUGGUCAUUGCAUUGCAACAAAAUCUAAGGGGGAAAAAUGGGUGGGUGUAAUUCAAAUUGGAAUGACCUACCAUGAGAUGAAAUGUAAUCGGUGUAUGAAUUCGUCUGAAUGAAUGAAUAUUACAGUAACUGUGAAUGUUUUCCAUGAACUUGCUUUUAAAUUUCUACUAGGAAAUUAGAAAUGCCAAAAGGAUCGGUGUAAAUAUUGUGAUAGGAUGAUCAAAUACAGCAAAUAAUAAACCCCUUUGCUUGUCUUCCUGUGAA